AUGGAUGGACACAGCCUUAUGGCUUCAGCUUCUUAUGAUCAAACUAUUCGCAUUUGGGACGUCGGAUCGAGCAAGCAUGUGGCAACAAUUCCGCAUUCUGAUUCACAGGUCAAUGCGAUGGCUUUCACUCCGAAUGGAUACCAACUUGCUAUUGCUGCGUUUCAGAAGCUGAAAAUAUAUGACAUGACAUCGCUGAAACCAGCUAACCACAUAAGUCCCAUUGUCUGCUUCGAGCAAAUCAUGAAAAACGCCCAAAGUCGAUGGAUGUACACUGGAGGUGAAGAUCAUUCUUGUCGAGUUUAUGAAAUGCGAGUAAAUCAACUAGUUUGCCAAAGGGUGUUUGAUAAUCUGGAUCCAGUAACCAGUGUAGUUAUUCAUGGGAAUCAAGUGGAACUUUUCAUUGCUGAUCAAGCUGGCCAAGUGUAUAUUUGGGAUCUACGUCGAGAUGGGCAUAUUCAAAUGCCUAUGCCUCCACUUUCUUAUCAAGAAUUUGUAACAAGCCUUGCUAUUCAUCCAUUAGCGAAUACUCUUGCUGGUAUAACAAAUCGAGGAGCCAUGAGUAAUCCUGUUCGUGAUAAUUUAGCUCAUCGGUCUGGUAUUAAACUUCUGAAAGCAACUGGUUUCACUUCACAUCAUGUCCUUCAUUUUUCCACUUUUCACGAAGCACACUAUAUCAGUGGAUGUGGAUACGACUUGAAAUAUGUCGAGAAAACCACGGAAACGCUGGCUAGACUAAAGAACAAUGACACAGGAAAGCGUGCGAUCUGUAAAUCAUAUGGACUAAGCUGCAGAUAUUCGCCAGACGGUCAGGUGCUUGUCACUACAGGUUCUGACAACAUGAUUCAUGUACUGGACGCCCGCGACCAUUCAUUAAAAGCAAGUAUGGAUGCUGGUUGUGACUGGAACUGGGAUUCAGCUUUCACUUGUGACUCGCGAGUGUUGUUCACUGGUGGAUCGGACAAUCGCAUUAAAUUGUGGGAUAUGGACUCUGAGCAAGUAGUGAUGAAGUAUGAUGGCCACACGAAGCCUAUAACAUCUUUGUGUAUAUCCGAUGUUCCUUUAAGGGACAACAUCAGUCGAGUGAAGCAUUUAAAGAAUCUGCUAGAUUCGUUAUCUACUCAGGAAAAGCGUCAGCUUAUAGAGGAACAUAGUUUUGAAACAUUCCACUUAGUGGAUGAACUACUUUUGUCGGCUGACAUUGUGGCAAACCCACAAGGUGCUGUCGAAGGUGAAAGUGGUCUGUGGACUCUGGAGCAAGUACUCUGCUUUGCACCAGAGCUUGUUGGGAAUGGCUGGCAGCGGCAUGCUAUCGAAGCGCUUCUAAAGAAGGUAUUGUAUCCUCGUAACUUGCUUGCCAUACGAAAAAUCGCAAUCAGAUUGUUUCUCAUCUUCUACCAGAGUCUUGGAGUAUUUGGUAAGGCUACCCAAGACCUAGAUCGUGUGUUUCAAUGUUUGCUGCCUUACUUUCCCUUGAGCGAUGGCCAAAACUCAGAAUUGGUACUGCAGGAGUACUGCCAUUCUGCUGGUUUGCUCUUUGCUUUUGAAACUGAAUUACUAAAUCUGUUUGUAAUUAAUUCUACCCCAGGAACAACUCAUUGGUCAGAUCGUAAUAUGGGCUCACCUCCAGCACCAGGUACACCGGUGUCUAAUGCAAAGGAGCGCGCACAGAUGCUUCAAGUAUAUCUCGACAAGUUCCUUGAAUACUGUAUCCGCGAAACCUCACGAAUCGAAUGGAGUGAAGAAAAAAAUCGUUUUGAAUGUGCACGGUUUAUUAUUGAUAGGGUAAUUAAUCUUUACAUCGCGGAAUGUUUCACCGACAUUGAAACAAAUGGAGUAGAUAUUUUUGGUGGGUGGGAAGGAGCUGAAGACAUCAUCGAGCCUUUAGACACUGCUGAUCCAAAAGAUUUUAUCACAUUUUCAAAUUUCAUCUAA